CGCGAACAGCGAGCCAUGGAUUCGGAGAACGAAAAGCUCCGUAAAGCACUGGCUACUCUGCUCAGAGUUGUUCAAAAGCGUAGUUGUGACAUCGUUGAUGUCGUCAAAUCAGCCUUCCAGCCUUUCAACUCACCUUUGGUCGACGAAUUGAACCGAGCACUAGUUGAGAUUGACGACCUCGCCAAGGAUCUUGAAGACGUAGCAGUGCAAACUCAGUGGGAGGUAGAAAAUAUGGCUAAGAGUGAAGUGAAAGAACAUCCACAACAAGAGGAAGCAGUAGAGGAGCUUCUCAUACAAGAUGGUUCAGAAGACGAGCUACUGAUAGACGAAGAGUCACCAAUUAAGUAUGAAGACCUUGUGGGCUACGACGAUGGUCGUGACUACUCAACCGACGACACAUAUCCGUACUAGUGUUCUAGGUUAAACUUCAGUACAAGUAUUGUAGCAAGUUUAGGUCUAUGUUCAGGUGUACUUGUCGGUUGGUAUGAUCAUGCUUUUGGGGGAGUUUAAUGUUCUGGUCUAUGUAAACUGAAUCCGGUUCAGUUACUACAAUA